AUGGCUGGAGUAGCAGCAUGGCUUCCCUUUGCCAGGGCAGCGGCCAUUGGCUGGAUGCCUGUGGCCAACCUACCCAUGCCUGUGGCCCCCACUGAGAAGAACAAGCGACAGGACGAGCUCAUUGUGCUGAAUGUGAGUGGUCGGCGCUUCCAGACCUGGAAAAACACACUGGACCGGUACCCUGACACUUUGCUGGGCAGCUCAGAGAAGGAGUUCUUCUACAACGAGGAAACCAAAGAGUACUUCUUUGACCGGGACCCAGAUGUGUUUCGCUGUGUCCUCAACUUCUACCGCACUGGCAAACUCCAUUUCCCCCGAUAUGAGUGUAUCUCCUCCUAUGAUGAUGAGAUGGCCUUUUUUGGCAUUAUUCCAGAGAUCAUUGGAGACUGCUGUUAUGAAGAGUACAAGGACAGGAAAAGGGAGAAUGCUGAGCGCCUCAUGGAUGACCAGGAGGACAACAAGGAUGCUAAGCUUCCCAACAUGACGUUCAGAGAGACUAUGUGGCGAGCUUUUGAGAACCCCCACACCUCCACCAUGGCCCUUGUCUUCUACUAUGUGACGGGCUUCUUUAUUGCUGUGUCGGUUAUCACAAAUGUGGUAGAAACUGUUCCCUGUGGUUCUGUCCCUAACCAGAAAGAAGUGCCAUGUGGUGAACGCUACACAGUGGCCUUUUUCUGCAUGGACACAGCCUGUGUCAUGAUUUUCACAGUGGAGUACUUGAUGCGCUUGUUUGCAGCCCCCAGCCGGUACCGUUUCAUGCGCUCUGUAAUGAGUAUCAUUGAUGUGGUGGCCAUUUUGCCCUACUAUAUUGGCCUCGUGAUGACUGACAAUGAAGAUGUGAGUGGUGCAUUCGUCACUCUUCGAGUUUUCCGCGUGUUUCGAAUCUUUAAGUUCUCGCGGCACUCGCAGGGCCUACGGAUCCUAGGUUACACUCUUAAGAGCUGCGCCUCAGAACUGGGCUUCCUGCUCUUCUCUCUUACAAUGGCCAUAAUUAUCUUUGCAACUGUCAUGUUCUACGCUGAAAAGGGUUCAAGCUCCAGCAAAUUCACCAGCAUCCCAGCCUCCUUCUGGUACACCAUCGUUACUAUGACAACACUGGGGUAA